AUGAAUCUUUUCAGAUUGUUUUUAUUUUUAUUGUCACCGAUCUUUAUUAAAGGGACUUUAAGUUCACCGGGUGAUAAUCUAGACGAAUUCAUUGAUUGUGCCUAUGCUUGUGAAUAUAAAAGAAAAUGCCCAGGUUCUAUGAUAAAUUAUAUUGACCCGAUAACGAAUGAGUUUUAUAAUGGAAUUGACUUCCAAGAUACACCAUAUAUCUAUAAAAAGUUUUUAUUUUGGGAUUGUAUCUCAGAUUGUGAUUAUCAAUGCCAACAAAUCAUAACAAAGAGAAGGAUUAAAGAAAACGAGGAAAUCUAUCAAUUUCAUGGUAAAUGGCCAUUCUUAAGAAUAUUUGGUACACAAGAAUUCUUUUCUGUAAUUUUUUCAGUUGGAAACUUUAUUCCACAUUAUUAUGGUCUACGGAGAUUACAGAUACAAUUCAACAAAUAUCAGCGCACCCCAUACAGAAAUAUCCUCAUUAAUUAUAUGUACGUUGCAAUAGCAGGAUUAUUGGCAUGGUCGGCUAGUACAAUAUUUCAUUUAAGAGACUUAUUAAUCACUGAGAAAUUAGAUUAUUUUUUCGCUGGGUUGACUGUAUUAGUUGCGUUCCAUGGACUAUUCUCUAGAAUGACAAGAUUAUAUUUAUAUGAAACAUUUUCUAUGGUAUUUAAAGGUUGUAUGGUGUUUAUAUUUAUUGUCCAUCUUUUAAGGUUAUAUUUAGACUGGUCAUACACAUACAACAUGAGAUUUAAUGUAUUUUUCGGGAUCUUACAAUAUUUGCUACUCUUACUAUUAUCGUAUCAAAACUAUGUAUCAUUAAAAUCGUCGAAGGAAAUUGUUUACAGAUACAAUCAAAGAAUACUGAAGCUAUGUAUAAUUCCAAUUGGAUUAGUAACUUUCACUGGACUGGCUAUGUCCUUGGAAUUAUUUGAUUUUUUCAGUUAUGAUUAUCAGAUCGAUGCACAUGCAUUAUGGCAUGCAGCUACAGUGGUACCUACGUAUUAUUUAUAUGAAUUUUUAAUUGAAGAUUUCAAUUACAUUAUAGAAACAAACAAGAAAAUAUUAAAAUGA